CCGGGGGACUGGAUCUUCCCAGGCUGGGUGGCCGAGGAGGUGGGGCCCAGGCAGCGCGAAAAAGGGCGCCGGGAACCCGGGAGCCACCAAGCCGCCAGCCUAGCCUCGGGCCCCAGUGCGCACUGGCGGGGAUCUGGCCUCGGGAAGGCCUCGCGGUGAGAGCCGGGAGGGGGCGGCGUUGGUGGCACCGGAGCUGCGAUUGGACGGACGGACCUGACUGCCUGGGGACAGGGACCGCGGGCGCCCUCAGCUCUCGAGCGCGGACCUCCCGUCCCGAGUGGGUGCGCGGAGCCAUGGAGGGCGCAGACCUGGCGGGGAAGAUCCUGUCCACCUGGCUGACGCUGGUGCUCAGCCUCAUCCUGCUGCCCUCGGCGUUCGGAGUAUCCCUGGGCAUCUCGGAACUUUACAUGAAGAUCCUGGUGAAAACUUUAGAGUGGGCCACAAUCCGAAUUGAAAAAGGAACCCCAAAAGAAUCGGUACUUAAAAAUUCAGCUUCUGUUGGUAUUAUCCAAAGAGAUGAGUCACCCAUGGAGAAAGGACUUUCUGGCCUGCGAGGAAGGGACUUUGAGCUCUCCGAUGUGUUUUAUUUUUCCAAAAAGGGGUUUGAAGCCAUAGUAGAAGAUGAAGUGACCCAGAGGUUCUCCUCAGAGGAGCUAGUGUCAUGGAAUCUCCUCACAAGAACCAAUGUGAACUUCCAGUACAUCAGUCCAAGGCUCACUUUGGUGUGGGUGCUGGGCGUCCUAGUACGAUAUUGUAUUCUCCUUCCUCUGCGGGUUACUCUGGCUUUCAUUGGAAUCAGUUUGCUGGUUAUUGGAACGACACUGGUUGGUCAGCUGCCAGACAGCAGCACCAAAAACUGGCUGAGUGAACUGGUGCAUCUGACUUGCUGCCGCAUCUGUGUUCGCUCCCUCUCGGGAACCAUUCACUACCAUAACAAGCAGCACAGACCCCAGAAAGGAGGCAUCUGCGUGGCCAACCACACUUCUCCCAUAGAUGUUUUGAUCUUAGCAACGGAUGGAUGUUAUGCCAUGGUUGGUCAGGUUCAUGGUGGGUUGAUGGGAAUUAUUCAGAGAGCAAUGGUCAAAGCCUGUCCACAUGUCUGGUUUGAGCGCUCAGAAAUGAAGGAUCGACACCUGGUUACUAAGAGGUUAAAAGAACAUGUUGCUGAUAAAAAGAAGUUACCCAUAUUAAUCUUUCCUGAAGGAACCUGUAUCAAUAAUACUUCUGUCAUGAUGUUCAAAAAGGGAAGCUUUGAAAUUGGAGGGACCAUCUAUCCAGUUGCAAUGAAGUAUAACCCUCAGUUUGGGGAUGCCUUUUGGAACAGUAGCAAAUACAACAUGGUGAGCUACUUGCUUCGUAUAAUGACCAGCUGGGCAAUCGUCUGUGACGUGUGGUACAUGCCCCCCAUGACCAAAGAGGAAGGAGAAGAUGCUGUCCAAUUUGCUAACAGGGUUAAGUCUGCUAUUGCUGUGCAAGGAGGAUUGACUGAACUUCCUUGGGAUGGAGGGCUGAAGAGGGCAAAGGUGAAAGACACCUUUAAGGAAGAGCAGCAGAAGAAUUACAGCAAGAUGAUCGUGGGCAAUGGAUGUCUCAACUCAGAAUCGGACUGACAGGCCCUGUAGAUAAACCCCGUUUCCUAGAGCUGGCCCGUGGCUGUGGAAGGGUAUCCUCCACCCCAGGAAUUUGCUUUAUUUUAUUGUUUAUUGUUAAUCUUUUCUACAUGAUGAUUGUCUCUACCUCUUUGUGCCAGAGGCAGAACUUCCAGGUGCCCUUUUUGGCCCUUGUUAGAGCACCAGCCCAAUGAAAUGCCAGGUAGUUUUCUGAGUUCAAGCUGAGUCUGCCUUCUGUGAUGGUGUCAUUGGUGGUUGAAUGAAAUAUUUACAUGGGGGAAAAAUACUUCUCCAGUGUGACUGGGACAUGUGGGCGGGGUCUUUCCCUCCAUAGAGCCCAAACUGUCUUCAUCAUUUUCUUUUCGUCUCCCUCCCGGCACCUCACAGUGGCGCCCUAUGUCAGUGUGGGGUUAACAUUAUGGUGACAUUCUGUUGGAAGGUUGGUUGAAAAGCAAAAUGGGAGGUUGUCAUGAAGGAUAAAGACAACAUGGACAGAAAGUGGGAAGGAGCUAUGAACUACUUCUUACUAGUGGAUUAGAAGAGAAAUGCUAUUUGGUAGGCCUCUCAAAGGAAAUUACAUGGAAGUAAAUGAGUGUGUGUGUGUGCACGUGCAUGUGCAUUUAUUUAUGUAGAUGCAACUCCUAACACAUUUCAGCAGCAUCAGUGACAAUGAGCUGAGAUUUUCUUGAGUACAUGUUAGGGAUCCUUUCCUAUCUACUGAUUUGCUUGUUUUUGUAGCCAAACAUUUUUAAAUGGAAAGAGCCUAUUUAAAAAAAUAGAACCUAUUGAAAGCUAGAUGUCAGUGGCGUGUGCCUGCAAUCCUAGCUCCUCGGGAGGCGGACGGCUGAGGAGCUCGCAUCUGAGGUCAGGAUCCUGCCACUUCAGGCAGGAAAGUCUGUGGGAUUUUUAUCUUGAAUUAACCACCAAAAAGCCACAAGUAGAGCCAUGGCUCAAGUGGUAGAGUGUCAGCCGUGAGUGGGAAAAACUAAGGGCGAGGGCCCAGGCCCUGAGUUGAAGGUUUAGUACGGCCAUACAGGCACACACACACACACACACACACACACACACACACACACACACACACAAUCAUGUGGAAUAUCUUUGGUAUGAAUGAGUGAAAGCGUGUAGAUGUGCUGCCAUCCUUUCCCCCUCACCUGCUUGGUUUAUUCCUGAACUUUCCUAGUUACUUAAGCAGAAAAGUAAGUGGUGUAAUUACCUUUUGGAAACUGAGCCUUAAAUUUUUGAAAGGGGGAAAGAAGCAUUCCCCUAUUCAACUCGCAUAAACACAUGUGAUAGCAAUAUGAUACCAUUGUGAACUCUUAUGAGUAUUAUACCUAUCUCUUGUGGUAACCCAUGUACAGAAUGUGAACUAUCCUACCAUAAAUAUAAAUAAAUUUUAUAUUUUUAA